AUGUCAAAGAGAACCUCGUCCGCCGCCACCAACGGCGGUGCCCAAAAGGCCGGGCAAGUGUCGUCUUAUGACAAGCAGAAGGACCUCCUCUCAUCCGAGACGGGCCACUUCUCCCUGAUCCGGGCCAUGCACCUGGCAGACCUGAUCACGGAGAUGAAUGGCUUCUGCGGCAUCAUGUCCGUCUUCUCCUCCCUGCGAUACUGCCUCCAGGACGACUAUUCGCGCGGCAACAUCUACGCCGCCCUCGCCUUCCUGCCCUUCGGCUUGUUCUUCGACUUUAUGGACGGCAAGGUCGCGCGCUGGAGGAAGAAGAGCAGCAUGAUGGGCCAGGAGCUCGACAGUCUGGCGGACCUGAUCUCCUUCGGCCUCGCCCCGGCCGUGGUCGCCUUCUCGAUCGGCAUGCGCACGACGCUCGACCACGUGUGCCUGGCCUUCUUCGUGCUGUGCGGCCUGACGCGGCUGGCGCGCUUCAACGUCACGGCGACGGCGAUCCCCAAGGACGCCUCGGGCAAGGCGCACUACUUCGAGGGCACGCCCAUCCCCACCAGCCUCGGGCUCGACGCCGUCAUGGCCUACUGGGUCUCGCAGGGCUGGGUCCACGACGCCAUCCCCGGCGGCCUGUGGUUCGCCGACACCCCCUUCGCCGUCCACCCCGUCGUCGCCGUCUUCAUGCUGCACGGCUGCCUCAUGACCAGCAAGACCAUUCACGUCCCCAAGCCGUAA